AUGGUCGUUCUGGCAGCGUCGAUUUGCACCCGCGGAGGCAAAGCGGUCCUUUCUCGCCAAUUCAGGGAGAUAUCUCGUUCGCGAAUUGAAGCCCUUCUCGCCUCCUUCCCCAAGCUUGCGGACUCUGGAACCCAGCAUACCACCGUCGAGCAAGACAACGUGCGCUUCGUGUACCAGCCAUUGGACGAGCUGUACAUUGUGUUGAUCACCAACCGCCAAUCGAACAUUCUCCAAGAUAUUGACAGUCUCCAUCUGUUUGCGCAAGUGACUACCAGCAUUUGCAAAAGCCUGGACGAGCGGGAGAUUCUUCGCAAUGCCUUUGAGCUCCUCAGCGCGUUUGAUGAAUUGGUGACCCUAGGGUACCGGGAGAAUCUUUCUUUGUCUCAGAUCAAGACCUUCUUGGAAAUGGAGAGUCAUGAGGAGAGAAUUCAGGAGAUUAUUGAGCGGAACAAGGAGCUGGAAGCUAGUGAGGAGCGCAAGCGGAAAGCCAAGCAGCUUGAAAUGCAGCGUAAAGAAGCUGCUCGCUCAGGUCGCUCCGCAGCCCCAAGAGCCCCGUCCUACCCUGUCUACACACCUCCCGCGCGCCCCUCAGUGCCCGACACUUAUGAUUCAUAUGAGGCCGAGAAGAAGAAAUCUUUUGCCAAACCACUUCCCACUCGCGGCAAGGGCAUGCAACUGGGCAAAAAGUCUAAGGCAACUGAUAUCUACGAGAAGGUCCGGGGUGAUAUGGGCCCCGAAAUUGAAGAGGAGAGCCCGUUGGUAGCUCCACAAGUUUCAGCUCCCGUGCAAGAUAUUCCGUCAGCACGCGAGUCUCUCAAUUUCGACCGGGAGCCCAUUCAACUCACAAUUGCUGAGACGAUCUCAGCUACACUUUCUCGGGAGGGAGCUUUGAAGUCGUUCGAGGUUAAGGGUGACCUCCAGCUCCGUAUCACUGAUCCCUCACUCACCAAACUCCGACUCGACUGCCAGGCUGUCCCCACACAUGGCGCACAGUUCCGCACCCACCCCAAUGUCGACAAAGCUCUUUUCACCAAUUCUUCUGCGAUUCAACUGAAGGACACCACCAAGCGCUUCCCUGCCAACAACUCUAUCGGCGUGCUCCGAUGGCGUGUGGCCAGCUCGGCCGACAACGCCGAUAUCCUCCCCAUCACAUUCACUGUUUGGCUCAACAAGGGCUCCGACUCCACCACUGUGACCGUAGAGUAUGAGCUCACCGGUGAAGACAGUCUGCGCGAUGUGGUUGUUACCAUUCCAUACGGCACGGCAGAGCCUGCCGUAUCUAGCUUUGAUGCGGUCUAUGAGGUCUCCGGUGACAGUCUGGACUGGAAUUUGGGCGCUGUUGAUGAGUCGAAUGCCUCUGGUAGCUUUGAGUUUGAGUCUACCGAUGCUGACGAGAACGACUUCUUCCCCAUGAGUGUUCGUUUCUCGAAGACUAAACCUUUCGUGGAUGUCGACGUCACUAGUGUUUCCCUGCUGGAGAUGGACGAAAAUGUUGCUUUCUCAAAGGAUGUCCGAAGUGUUGCGGAAAACUUCCUCAUUGAGUAA